CAUCUGGUUGCUCCAAGAGUCUGCGGAAAAGGACAGUUGAAUGCAGCCUCCGAUGUGCACAAAAGAAUGGGUUUCCAUUCAAGGUGGCCAUUGGUGGGACCUGCACCAGCGGCUCUGUGUCUGAUCAGCAUGCUCCUAGUGUGCCUGCUGCCUCCUGCAUCGUGCACAACCUGCCCUCAAAAAUGCCGCUGUGAGGACCUGCAGUUCUACUGCGACACCCAGGGGCUUCAGGCGCCCCCAGAUGGUGUGGACAAGGGGGCCCUGGGGUUGUCACUACGCCACAAUAGCAUCACUGAGCUCAGCCCUGAUCAGUUCUAUGGCUUCAGCCAGCUCACCUGGCUACAUCUAGACCACAACCAGAUUACAACAGUACAAGAGGAUGCCUUUCAAGGGCUCUACAAGCUGAAGGACCUCAAUCUGAGCUCCAAUCGUAUCACCAAGUUGCCCAACACAACCUUCAUCCACCUCAUCAACCUCCAGAUACUAGACCUGUCCUUCAAUCAGAUGACUGCAUUGGAACCAGAACUGUUUCAUGGACUGAGAAAGCUCCAGAUACUCCACCUGCGCUCCAAUUUACUUCGCACCACACCUGUUCGUGCAUUCUGGGACUGCCGCAGCCUGGAAUAUUUGGGUCUAAGCAGCAACCGUCUACGCAGCCUGGCCCGCAAUGGAUUUGCUGGGCUCAUUAAGCUUAAAGAGCUCCACUUGGAGCACAAUCAGCUGACCAAGAUCAACUUGGCCCAUUUCCCUCGUCUUGUCGCUCUCCAGUUUCUCUAUCUGCAGUGGAAUAAAAUCAGCAACUUAACAUGCGGCAUGGAGUGGACCUGGACCACUUUAGAGAAGCUAGACCUCACAGGGAAUGAAAUUCGUGUCCUGACAUCUGAUGUGUUUCAAACGCUGCCAAAUUUAAAGAUUUUGCUGCUGGAUAACAACAAACUAAGCAGUCUGGACUCCCAAGUCAUGGAUAUGUGGCAGUCACUGGGUACCAUUGGGCUGUCCAGCAACUAUUGGGAAUGUACCAAAAGGAUUUGCUCUCUGGCCACUUGGCUAAGCACCUUUAAGGGAAGGUGGGAACAUUCCAUCCUCUGCCACAGUCCUGAAUAUGCCCAAGGUGAGGAGAUACUUGAUGCCGUUUAUGGAUUCCAGCUUUGCCAGAAUUUUUCAGCGCCGGUUGUUCAGACCAUUAGCACAACCACAGACGCUACUAUUGCUGCAGAGAUCACAAGCUCCUUGUUUGGAAUUAUGCAGCCAACCCCCACGCAGGACUAUGCAGAGGAUUUUGGGAGCUUUACCACAGUCACUACCACGACAACCACAACACAACGCACUGCUCAAGCAACUACUGCUACAUUGGAAGAGGCAGCUGUAACAGAGGACUCCUCUGCAAUGGACAACACUGUAAUGACUCAUAGGGUUAUCAUCGGAACUAUGGCCCUUCUAUUUUCAUUCUUCUUCAUCAUUUUCGUUGUGUAUAUCUCACGGAAGUGCUGCCCUCCCACCCUGCGCCGGAUACGCCACUGUUCGGCUAUUCAGAACCGCAGACAGAUGAGGACCCAGCAGCGGCAGCCUAUGGCAGAUCUAGCUACACAAGUACCCUAUAAUGAGUACGAGCCCAGCCAUGAAGAAGGGGCACUCGUGAUCAUAAAUGGCUAUGGGCAGUGCAAGUGUCAGCAACUGCCUUACAAAGAGUGUGAAGUAUGAACUCUUAUUUAUUCCUAGAGCAUAUGGUUUGCAAUUUGACCAUUUCAGAUG